UUUUCAUCUGCAUGGGGCCCUGCCUUUGCUGUUCACCUUCCUGCCUUGGAGCCUGGAGCUGGCUGCAGGAAGCAUUGCAAGCUCGGGACAUUGGGACGACUGGUGCAUAUUAAAAAGUGAGAAACCCGGGCCCACUUCCCUCCUCUGCUGACAGGCUUCAACCUGAUGUCUCCUACCUCCUUCCUCCAGGAGAAGCUGCUCUGAAGAGAGCAUACCUGCAGGGGACGGUACUCUCCACCCCUCCGGCAGAAGCUGUUGCCCCUGUGCAGAAGGGAAUUCAAGAGUUAUGUGGUCAGAAAGGGAGAGACAGCACAAGUCUAUAACCUGAAGUCUGGGGCAUGAUGAUGGGAAGAGUGGGGAAGAGAGGGGGGACACCUGAGUAACUACCCUGCUCCCAGGAUCAAAUAAGAUCUGCCCAUGGGUGACCCCUGUUCCCUGUUUUACAGGCUGCACCAUGGCAGCUGAGGAGGAACCAUCUCACACCAUGAUGAAAUCUGAGCUGAGCUAUGCGGAAGAGAGCAAGGUGCGUGAGGAGGCCGAGCUGCUGAUGGGGCCUGAGGCUGACUGGGAGAAGUUCCUUCUGCUAGCCCCCAUCACCGUGGCGCUGCUGGGACAGCUGGUGUGCAUCACUGUGGAGAAGGGCGAUUUCUCCAUCCAUGGCAAUGCCCCUAGCAGUGGGUACAAAUACUUCAGAGAGCCUGAAUCCUUCAAGGUGUGCUUGAAGGAAGUAUGUGACAGAGUGUGGGAUGCCUUCCAGCUGGGCAUGGACAACGCCGCCCUGAUUAGCCUGCAGUUGAAGAAUGUCCCCAAGAAGAUGGCAAAUCUCAUGCAGGGUUUCCUCCAGGAUGCAAACUUGAGAAAGGACCAGCUUGUGGCACAGAUCGAGGGCAUGCAGGAAAAAGUAGAUGAGUGCAAGACCCUGGCCAAGGAGGUGAGGGCCAAGUUCUCUGAACAGGGAGAUGCAUUGCAAGAGCUGUAUCAGGCCUGCCUAAAUGCCAGAGAGGACUAUAAGAAGGAAUUGGAGACAAUGCAGAAAGAGCUGGAAGGGGCAAGGAUCCAGAUGGAGCCUGCCAAGUGUGAACAGAACCGCGCUGAGCUGACACAUGCACAGUUGGAAGAUCAGGAGCAGGCAGCCUUCGAGGAGUUUGUGAAGGCAGUGAAAUACAAACCCAGCAUUCUGGAUGCUCUUGGAGCAAAGGGAGAGACUCAGUUGAUGGAAAAACACACUGCUAAACUGGAGAAGAACCAAGAGAUGCUGGUUGGGGCUCAGCAAGAUAAGGAGAGCAACUACCAAAGGAUCAAACACCUGAACGAGGAGAUGGCAGAACUCCAGUGUGCUGUGAAUCGGUGUGAGCUGGGGGAAAGAGAUUUGGAGGGGUACGUCUCCUCCCUGGAAGAAGGACUGGAGGCCUUGAGAAACCUGCAUCAACAGUGCGUGAAGAUGGUGCAGUUCUUCCAGAUGAUCUCCAACCUGUUGGACUUCUCUCUCAACUGGCACAUCAGGGAAUGCUUGGACUCGGCUAACGACCUCCAACAGGUCACACAGGCAUUCAGCACUGUCAGUGUGGCUCAGCUAGUACAAUUGAUCUCCCAAACCUAUGCCACAAUAGUUGAGAGAUACCUGAUGGAGCUACUCAGCCAAAUGGGGCGUCUCCUGGGUAAGGACUGUUCCAGUUUCCACACUGAGAAAGCCCAGCUGGACAGAGGAUGUGAGGAUGCCCAGGAGGCCCUCACCAGGCUGGUGGGGGAGCUGAAGGGCAACUUCCAGAGGGACCUCAGCACCAGGCUGGAGACCAUAGAGAAGGUGAAACUCAAACUGAACCCCUGAGCUAGAGGGGGAGCUGAGAGAAAUGAGUUGGUGCCUCACUGAGGUCCAAGCUACUAGCCUGAACCAAGCAAAACUCCACAAUCAAUAAUUUUCACAUCUUCUUUUGGAUGACCUCAACCAGCCAGUGCCUCAAAGGUUGUUUUGGUAAAGCUCCAUUUAUCUCCAUAUCAGCUCUUCGAGAAGAUGAGAAGGGGACCUGCAUGUUAGGACUAGAGAAGGACUGUACGUUUCAGUCUACAGCCCCUUCAGUUCUGAAUGUGGCCAGGUGUUAAGACUCCCAUCCACUCAUUCAAAUUAGAAGAUCCCUCAAAGGUAACUCCCAUCCUACUUCAUCCCACCAAGCUAUACCCAUUAAGGAAGGGCCUUGAAGCAGGCCACUGCAAAGCAGCUUCUGCCACCUGGGCUUAGUUUAGAAGAAUAUCAUCAGCAGAAAGGAAUUGGACCUUUUGUGGGGCUAGGGAAAGGGGUUGGCAAUCAGCAGAUGGGGUCGUUUCUCAUGGGUGUUCCCCAACAGGAUGGUGGAAGCCAGAUGGGACAGGUAUGGAGAAUGAAGAACCCUUGAACCAGAGUGCCCCAUGGGAAAAGCAGAAUUGUGAACCCUGCAAGGGUGUGCUCAGGCUGAACGGAGCCAGCUGCGCUGUGACUGGGUCAGGUCCAUCUGUGGACAGUACCCUGCCCCCUUAGCCCCUGCAGGCAUAGUGUAUCUCCACCCAUUGUUACCCCACGCUCCCCUGCACCAUGCUGCUAAGAAGACUGGGAAAACUUGAAUGAACAAAGAGGAAUGCCAGCUGCCAAAAGGCAGCCUCUUGCCACUUAGCACUUGCUAAGAGCAACUGGCUGGGCCAAGCCAGAGGGAAGAUCAUGGGCAUGAGUUUGCUGCUUGUUGUCUCGAUAGUUCUCAGCAUUUCACUGUAUUCGGUAUGUUCAGUGCUUCAAGGGCCCUGCCACAUGUUCAAACAAAAAUCAGAAACCAGCUAUAAAUCUGUUACACGUUUUAAAUCACUGCGUAGCCAGUUGGCUUGUUUUGUAUCUUGAUAGACAUUUUUAUGGCAUGAUAAUUCUUUUUGCACAUGUAACCAGUCUUACUUUGCAUGUGUGUCAGUCUAAAUUGAUUUCACAAUUUAACCAGUGAAUUGUGUAAUAUAUGUAAUGUGUGGUGAGGGCCUCCGCAACCACAAGAAUUAACUGCUAAAGCAACCUAC